CUCCCUCCACCUCUGCCUGGCUGUCAGCUCUCUUCGACCACGUAGCAGCUUCCUGGCAGCGGCAGCCACUUGUCUCUUCUCCCUCUCUCUCUCUCUCUCUUUCUCUCUUUCUCUCUCUCUCUCUCUCUCACACACACACACACACACACUCAGCACCAGCAGCAGCUUAUGUAGAACCACGUAGCACCGGCUUUGGAUUCUAACCAUCGACAGCAGCGGCCGAAGCGGCGAUGGACCUCUUUGAAUUCGACUUUUUCAGGGACUGGGAGCUGGAGCAGCCGUGCCAUCUUGAGUCGGAGCGCAGUGCACUGAAGAGGAGAGAGUGGGAGAGGAGGAACCAGGAGGUCCAGCAAGAUGAAGACUUGUUCUCAACCGGAUUUAACCUCUUUGGAGAACCAUAUAAAACUAAUAAGGGCGAUGCGUUGGCCAACCGAGUCCAGAACACCCUGGGCUCCUACGAAGAAAUGAAAGACCUGCUAACCAGCCACUCCAACCAGAGCCACUUGGUGGGAAUCCCCAAAGGCAGUGCCGCGAGCAACAACCAGCAGCAAGCAGCGGGCUCCUCCACCGCCGACAGAUCGGCCACGGAGUCCCAGCUGUUCAACGAGGCCUUGAGAGGAGCAGCGGGCAGUGGAGGAGGAGGAGGAGCAGAGGGAAGCGGGGAAAAGAGGACGGGAAGCGGCGCGCUGUCGUCAGCCUCCAUGCAGCCGCCCGCCGUCGUCACGUCGUUAUCGACCGGGGUGGCAGCCCCGCACCAGAAUGCGAAGAAGUCGAGGAGCUCCAUGGAAUGGUCGAAGGGAGGCCAAGCGACGGGCCUGGUGGUAGGGUCAGGGGCGCCGGGGCAGAACGGACAGGGGCAGGUCCCUGCGGCCGCCGCGGCCAGCCGGGGCAAAAUGGCUCUUUUAGAGGAACAGCAGCUGCAAAGGCACGAGGAGCUGUUCAGCUCUCUCAAAGAUGAACUGGGUCUGAAAGAGGAAUCAAGCCCUUCUUCCUCAUCUACAUCCUCUUCCUCGUCCUCUUCCAGAAGGCAUUCGUCCAAAAGCCAUUCCCUACCAGAUGGCGGCAACUUUCGGUCCUCCACUGUAGACGGUUGCCACUUUAAGUCUUCCUCCAGCGUGGAAAAUGGCGGAUCUUUCAAAACCUCCCCGUUCGAAAACGAAACAAGUUCACACGUUUCUUUGUCCUCCUCCCCGCUGGCUUCCACCUCGGUUCUGACAACUCCCACGCCCGGUCUGACCACCCCCACAUCUGGACUGACCACGCCAACUUUCCCACCCGGCUGCCUAUCGGGGAAGCCGAUUGCUGUUCAGCAGAAGCCCACUGCGUACGUUCGCCCAAUGGACGGCCAGGACCAGGCGCCAAGUGACUCCCCGCAGCUUAAGCCCCCUCCGGUGGCAACAGAGGGGUUUAGCAGCAGCCAAUCUUUUGGAGGAACGUCUGGAAACGUAAAGAACAAACUGCCAAAACUGAACCUCAGCCACACAGGAGAGGUCAGCCUGCCAAACGACUCCAGCUGCGUUGAAGAGAUUUUGCGGGAGAUGACCCAUUCAUGGCCUCCUCCGCUCACAGCCAUACACACGCCCGGGAAAGCUGACCAGACCAAGUUCCCCAUCCCAAACAAGGAGACCCAGCAUGUGACCUCAGCCUACAACACCCAGAAGAGAUGUACGGUGCCGGCUAACAAACCCGCUGCUAAACCAUCCACCGCACCGCAGAAGUCGAUGCUGGAGGAUGACCUGAAGAUCAGCAGUGAUGAAGAAGAAGCUGAACAACAGGUGUCUGACAAGACCAAAGCCAGAAGCUCAGCACUGAGCGGUGCGUCGGGGAGCAGCAGCGAAUCAGAGAGCAGCUCCGAGUCUGACACGGACGAGUCGGAGAGCAGCUCCAGUGACAGCGACUACAACCAGGCUUCCCGUACAAACACUCCAGAGCCGGAGCCCCCUUCCACUAACAAGUGGCAACUGGACAGCUGGCUGAACAAAGUCCAGGCUCAGACCAAACCGCUGGUCCCCGCACAGCAGGAGCAUCAUGGCGCAGGCUCCAUCAGCCAGGAUCCGCAGACAUUUUCUCCCCGGAAUGAAGCACCAGGAGUGGGCACCGCUGCCAAGACCAAGCCCUGUGGGUCCGGCGGCACACCUGUCCCCGCUGCACCCACGGCGGAGCACAAAGACAGCAGGACCAGCUUCUGCCCGGGCAGGGAGAAGGCCAAAGCCAAGCUGGGCCAGAAGGCCUCUGGGGAGGGUCAGAGGUCAAAGAUGAGGCUGUCGCCAGGCCUGCUGUCGGGGCAGGAGGUCCCCGCCUCUAGGAGGAACACCACUGGGAAGAAGCAGCCCCGCCGGGCUGAGAGGUCCAGCAGCGUGGAGGAGAACCAGAACCAGGCGUGGAGCCGGACCAACCAGCACAGCCCUGCGGCGAGAGAGAAGGACCUGUUGCCCCCGCCUCCCCUGGAGCACCAGAACCCCCCCAGGCCGCGGGGGAAGCCUCUCAGCGGGAAGACGGCCCCGAGGAAAGAGCCUCGCAGCGCCACCAGCUCAGCCACUCCACCAGCAGCGCUGCUGCAGACCCCCGUGCCUCUUCCUGCUGUCACUGUGAACCAGGAUAAGAGGAAACACAGAGGUCCCAGCACCAAAAUYACACCGAAGUCCAGGGAAUUCAUCGAAACGGAUUCCUCCUCCUCCUCGUCGGAAUGCCAGUCGGACGGCGAGGAAGCCACCAAGAUCCCGUCCCUGCCAGCCCAGACGAYGCGCUCGGCCAUCAGCGCCCAGAUGCUGGCCAACGCGCACAGCCACGCGCCUCUGCUCCCGUGCCUCGGCUCUGCCGCRGGGGCGGGAAGUCUGGGCACGUUUGCCGGAACUGGACUCCGAAUCAAAGACAGCGUCGGYGUAGUCGGCAGCGGAGGUGGUGGCGUCGGCAACGGCAACCUGCUGAGCAUCRGCAACAUAAGUGCUUCCUUUGGGAACUCGGUUCCCGAUCCCGGAGGGUCCRGAGGGCAGGGGAAGGAUGMGGAGCCCGCAUCACCGCCGUCAAACGUGGGACACGAUGUGGCUCUGUCCCCUCUGAGSGAAUAUCACGAGGUUCAGAGUUUGUGGGUGAAAAUCGACUUGAGCUUCCUCAGCAGGGUGCCGGGGCAGACGGCGGGGGAAAGAGCCAGGAUCGSAGUUGUAGAACGGGAAGGGAACGCGGGGAGGGACAGRGAGAGGCAGAAGCUGACGAAGGGGGAGAGACAAGAAGAAGAAARCGAGCGUUUAGUGAAGGACAAAGAAAGGCAAGGAGAGAGGGAGAGGCAGACGGACAGAGAGGACAGGGAGAGGUUUGGAUUUGGGGAAAAGGAGAGGACUGUGGCGAGGGACCGAGAGAAGAUUAGUCAGGGUAUGGGGGUACUGGAUAACCYCCCUGGGCAGGAGCAGGGUAAUCCCAGGCUGGCUGGGCGGACGGAGAGACUGGAGAGUGGAGGUAAACACAGAAGRCAGGCGGCUGCAAACAUGGUGRCUCCCACAGAAAAACACACCAGCAAGAGCAAGAGGAAACACAAGUUGGACCACGGAGAAUCACCGGUCAAGUGUAACAAGAAGCUGCGCCUGGACAAAGACUGCCUGCUCCUCCCACCAUGCAUCUCACCAAUACACAACCACAAGAGCAGCUCUGCAGAGAUUCCAGCCUUUCUGCUUGGACGCUGGUCUGUGCAGACACAAGUUAUGUUCUUGUUUUUGUUGUUUUCCAGAGUCCACAGUGCAGAGUACUACAUGCAGGAGGCAAAGAGGCUGAAGCACAAGGCCGACGCUUUGACGGACAAAUUUGGGAAAGCGGUGAACUACGCGGACGGCGCCCUCUCCUUCAUAGAGUGCGGGAACGCCAUGGAGCGCGAUCCGCUGGAGGCCAAAUCGCCGUACACCAUGUACUCAGAGACGGUGGAGCUCAUCAGGUACGCCAUGAGGUUGAAGAACUUCACCAGCCACUCGGCCACCGUCUUGGAGAAGAGGCUAGCUGUCCUGUGCAACCGCUGUCUGUCUCUGCUGUAUCUGAGGAUGUUCCAUCUGAAGAAAGACCACGCUGUCAAGUACUCACGCUCGCUCAUGGAGUACUUCAAGGUAACAACUCAACACACACAAUUGGACACAGAGUUGAUUUCCUUCCCCGUCUCUCAUCGUCUGCCUCCAUUCUCUGCAGAGAGUCCAGCGUUUUCCACCACUGACACACGUAAAAUAAAAUGGGAUCCAUUUAAAGACAAAAAAACAGAACAUAUAAUUGUCACACAAUGCAGAGUGGAUGUGUUCAGGCAGUACUUUCUACCAAACCUUUGUGUUUCUCAUAGUAAAACCCMGAGGCUCCCUGUUGGGUUCCCAUCAUGCCUCUGGAAUUCACCGCCUGUCUGUGUGUUUUCCAGGGUGAACGGGACGCCGUCGCCCCUCUCACUCAGCCCGUCUCCUGCCAGCAGCGGGGGAGCGCCGGUGGCAGCAACAGGAGGGGGAGGGGCAUCGGGGUCGUCCGGUAGCGUGGCGAUCCCCCAGCGGAUCCACCACAUGGCCGCCAGCCACGUCAACAUCACCAACAACAUCCUGAGGAGCUACGAGCAGUGGGAGACGGCCGACAGGCUGGCUGCCGACAGCAGAGACUUCUUCCAGGACCUGGACUCGGCCAUGGGGGGGGCUCUGAGUCAGCAGAGCAGCAUGGUGGAGCUGGUGCGCUACAUCAGGCAGGGACUGCACUGGCUGCGCUCCGAGGCGCAGCUGCUCUAGAGACGGGAGCAGAGCAACGGGAGCUAGAGCUGACAUGAGACCCAUCCCACUGCGACCCAAACCACACACACACACACACACACAAGACCGAGGAUGAUAACUGGGCCCGAAUUCCCCCGCAGUGAUCCAGGUGAAACACCUGAGGAGACGCAGAACACGCCCAAACCCUCCGUUAAGAAAACCACCAGAAAGAAGCUAAAAGUGAUUUUUUAUUAUUUUUUUUAAGACGGAUCAUUUUCUGGAAGAGAAGUGAGCGUCUGAUGUGAUUAAGGCGCCUAAAUGUGGCCAGAGAGCUGAGAGGCGGAGCAGCAAGGUGUCAGUGAUCGGGUCUGGAUCGAAAGCUGAUAUCGAUCCGGCUGGAAGAGAAGCCGUCCAGUCCAUCAGAUAAGGACCACAGGGGUGAGGGGAUAGAGGCCGACCUAUGACCCCCCCCCCCACACGCCCCCUGAUGCAGAAUCAAAGCAGACCCGACUCGGUACCUCGACUGGAGCCAAAACCUGCCGCCGUUGAGUCCAGACGGUUCUGAUUGGAUUUGUAUUACAACGGUGUCAAACACAGAUAUUCUUAAUAUUUAAAGUGAAAAAUCCCACUUAUUCCAAAGUACAUAUUUAGCACUUGUGGGACAGGUGCCAAACUCACGGCCUGAGGGCCAAAUCUGGCCCGCUGGAGUCUUUUAUGUGGCCCUCUAGACUCCAGAGGGACGCGUCAACAAAACCUUUAACAUAAAUAUUYAUCAAUCAUUAUCAAAGCAGUUUUUCUGCGUACUGCCAAAUCACACCAGUCAGUCCCUCCAGGUUUUUGCGAUGUCAUGAAAAUUCACAAAAAAUUAUUUCACAAAAAAUGAUUACGAGUUUAUUACAAAUUUUACCCAAAAGGUUACAAAAGUUUAGGUUUAAGAGACAAACUCCCACCUACUGGUGGCAGUAUUUCUUACUUUUACUACACCGCUGCCUCAAAUGUACUUGAUGUUACAGGCCAUAUGGUGAGUAAAGAAAGAAAAUAAAACAUCAGAUAUAAACUCAAAUAUUUCUAAAUUAGCUCAGAUUUUGAUGGUAAAAACAUCAUAAACAAUCUCAGAAUCCUGGAUGGACUGAUCAGAGUGAAAAGACAUUCAAUAUGGUUACAUUUUAAGAAGAAGAACAGAGACAGCUGUUGGUGAAUAUUUUAACAAUUAACAGGCAUCAUCAGUACGUUCUGGCCUGGUUCUUUGAGGACAUUCAUGAUCUUGAUGCCCUUCGAAAAGAAAAUGAGUUUGACCUCCCUGAUUAGCCGACAAAUUGUAGUUACAUCAGAAAAGGAAGGAAGUGASACUGUCUCUUUAACUAAAGCUGCUGGCCUAUUGCAGUAACAUCUCCGUUUGCUUUACGUUUAGUUUSACUCCUACAGACCAACAUGCCGUCAUUUCCUUUUUGUUUGUUUUUUUUACGCAUUUUCAGUAAAAUAAAAGUAGGUUCCUCCGAUGACAUCACGUCAGGCACAGAGCAACUUAUCAGUUAUCAAGUUUUCUUGUUGCUAUUCUUUCUUAUUCUGACAUUUUUAAUCAAAUCAUGAAUUUGAGCCGUGUYGAUGCGUUUGAAUGAUUCUGCCACAAACCAGUCAAAUGGAAAACAUUAAAUUUAAACAUUAAACGUUACAAGUUCCCAUGAUUCUCAUCUUCUUCUUYACAGUUUGCUUCGGUUUGUAUCCAUAAACUGAGCAAAUGGGAAUUACAAAAAUAAAUUAGUUUAAUGGAAACACGCCAACUUCUAAAAAAACUCAMGCUUUUCAAUAAACAUUUCUGCGCUAAUAUGACGUGGUUUUUCAGUCGUAUUUUAAGCUCAUCCAGGUGUGAUUUUGAAUUGCAUUUCUUAUUUAAUGGAAACACCACGAUUGCGAAAUUGAGUUUUUUCAGCAUUAGCAGAAUAUCAACAAAGUUUUAUACACAUUUGUAAUGGAAAAGCGUCAAAGAAGCCAAACCACUUGCACCUUACGUGCUUCRUUUCACGUCCAUAUGUGWAGAGUCACUGCUUUGCACUAAGACAAGUUGAUUACUGUGCCUUUUGUGAUGUCAUCAACAAAAAUAAACAAAAUUAAAUUGGCAGAGGUUUGUUCUUCAGUGCACUUUUUAAAAAUGGUGCAUUUUGUGAAAUUAUAACUUAAUUUUAGUUUUGUUUGUGUAUUUUUUUUAAAAAACAAAAAAUGCACCAGAUGGUAUCUUUAAUGUUGUUACGUGGUAACACAGAAGGAAAAACAGACAAAAUGGCACCAUUCAGAUGGUAUGAAAUGAAAUGAGCUUUCUGGUGAAACAAGGUGUAAAAUGUGACRUACGUCACUGCUGCUGGAAUUUAGGUUGCACUUUUUUUAGCUGUAGCUACAGGAUUUACUCUCACAUUAUUGAUCAAGAGAGUAGCAUAUUUUUAAUGAGAMAGGUGGAUAYUUAGAUGUAAAGCCUUUUAGCCUGUUGGUCAUAAAGUGCCAACAGUGUCAUUUAUUUCCAGGGGCCUCCAAAACAAAACUCUAAUGCCUUCCAUUUGCCUUGUUAUCAUGAUAUAAAGCUACGCCAAAAUCCAAUUCUUAAAUUAAGACCAGAAAUAUUGAAUAUUUUACCAUUUCACCGUAAAUAUGGCUCAUAUGAGUAGWAAACAAGAUAAUUGUAAGUAGACAGCUUGGCUAACKUAGGAGCUAGCUAACCUUUGCUAACUGGGAACUAAGCUUAGCUUAGUCCCCAUAGCUAACCUUUGCUAGCUGCUAAGUUAGCUAAGUUGUAAGCAGACAACGAACUUAGCAGCCAGAUAAUCUUAGGUAGCUGGGAACUAAGCUUAGCUUAGUCCUCACUUGACUAACUUAGCUAGUUGCUAAGUUAGUAGUUAGCUAACUUAGCUAGUUGCUAAAUUAGCCAAGUUGUAAGGAGACAACUUAGCCAACUUGGCUAGCUGCCUAGUUUAAAAGUCAAACAAGAUGGCUCUGGGAAAAAAAAUUAAGUUUAGGGAGUAAACGCCACCAAAACAAGUUUCCUCUUUAUUUCUCAGACAACUUCUCUCACUCUUUCUGACUAUGCUAAGCUUAGCUAGCUGCUAAGUUAUCUGCUUACAAACGGCUAACUUAACUUGCUGCCUUGUUUAUACGUYACAUGAGCUGGUUGAGAGUAAAAAUUGAAGGUUAGGGAGUAAACAGCAACAGAACAGRCUCCCUGUUUACUUCUCUGAACGAGGGCUUCUUCCAUCAAACACAACAACAUGUCUUUUGCUGGUCAUGCACUUUUUGUAAAAUUUCUGCUCAGUUUUAGUUCCCAUAGUAACCCACCCACUAAGGUGUCAAACACUUACAAAAAAGGGGGAGGAAAAACAAAACAAAACUACUAAACUCGGUAUGAUUGGGUUCCAAUUAAGCCCCCCCCCACAUGAAGAGCUGGUGAACGAGGAAGAUCUCCCGUCUGCUCCUCUUCCUCUCCCCCGAUGUCAAAGCGAAUCUGCGACUUUGUACAGCACUAGAUGAGAUCGGAUCAUCUGCUGGAUCCUCUUCUAGACGUUUCCCAACAUUCGUCGUGUUGUUGUUGUUGGUGUGUAUACGUGUACAGCUGAUURUCGAGUCUAUCUAAAUCGUUGCUGAACAAUAAUGAUGUUUGUGUAACAUACUGUACAGAUUGUGACACCUAGAAGUCGUGUACUUGGGUGUUUGUUAUUUUUUAGUGUCUUGAGUCAAUGUGAAAGAAUGGAUAGGAGCGUGGGGUGUGUGUGUGUGUGUGUGUGUGUGUGUGUGUGUGCGUGUGUGUGUGUGUGUGUCCAUGCACAGGCUACAGCUGUAUUUACACAGCACAAAAGCUGAAGUGAUUUUUAACCCUUUGUGGUACAUUCAAAAGACGAGUCCCCACUGUUUCUGUGUUGCUUAUUGUGCUACAAAAGCUUAAAAUCAACCCUCCCUCACCCCCCGCCCCCCUCGUGCGCUUUCUGUAAAUCCAGCACAUCCAGCAUGAGUUUCAUAAGUUCUGGAUCAUUUCACCAUGGCUGAAUGUGUGUGAGAGGACGACGUGGAUGUGGGAAGUAAUUUUCACUUUAACAUGGAAAAAAAGAAAGAAACUCAAGUGCCUCUAUUUGUGUCCAGUUGGAAUUGCUCUAUUUAUUUAAAAAAAACAAAGAAUGAAUCUAAAUAAUUUUCCAUACCAUAUUGGUAUAAAUAUGAAUUUUUUUGUCUUUGUUUUUUUGUAUAAUCAGAUGUCUCCAUAAGCUUUUUAACUGGCGUUAUGACGCCAGGGGUUUGGCUUUAAGAUGAAAAAAUAAGAGCGUGUGAUUAAACGUGUUGAAUUAGCAUCCGUUGCUGUAUUCUGAUUUCUUGAUGAUUUGAUGAAGUUUCAGUUUUGUCUGAAAUGCCUGAAACUUUAAAAAUCAUUGCAUGCAAUAAAUGGUAGCCUCAGACCAACAAUUGCUUGUGUUCAUUUGGAGAAAGACGAAAAGAAAAACCGUCUGUUUUGUGUUGCGUAGUUCACUGAAUGUGUGGAUGUUUUACGUCGCCUGCAGCUAGCUGCUUUAAAUGUGCAUCACUAACGGUGGCUGUUCGGACGUUCAAGAACCUAAAACACUUUAAAAGGCACAGUAACAUUAUCUCUACUAUUCUGAGGUGGUAAAAUGACUGGCAGAAAAUCAAUAGGAAUGUAAAAUGGUUUGCUUAGCUUUGCUAGUUAGCUUAGCUAGCUGUCUGGUCUGGUUGUGGCUAAAAGCUUCCAAAUAAACACAUCACUGGUGAUUGUUUUGAGAAAAAAUCAAACCUACGACUAAUUUUUAUCGUUUAAAAUGAAGUAUUUGAUUAGUUUUUACAUUUUUAGUAUUUGCUACCCUUAAUCUAAGAGUUGCCUGAAAUGCUCAGGUGUUUUUAAGGUCAACUUAGUCCCAUUUUCAACAAUGGCAUUCUGUCCUCACAGCUUUUAUCUUAAUACAUCAACUAGUAAUUUUUCAUUUGCUGCCUGUUGAGUGGCUGGUUUCAUGGUAAUGCUGCAAAGUGUAAUUAUGUCAACAUUUCGCCAGCAUCUAAACUUCUAAUGUAGCAUGAAAUGUCCCAUCAGCUCUUAAAAUUCAAACUUAACACAUUUCUUGGUUUUGUUAAAAUGAUGUCUAAAGCCGAGCAGUGUGAACGUCCAUACUCACUGAUUUUACUCAAAUAGUUUUGAAUGGCAACAAUUUAAACAUGUAGAAAGAACCUGAUGGUGACGGUUUGCUACCUGUGACUAAGCUAACGAGCUUAGCUUUUAGCAUAAACAGCUUUAGGUUAGCUUUUUAUGCUAAGACUGUGCUGAGCUAAGAUAAAUAUGAAUUAUAUUUAUAUGCUGAAAAUUAGACUCUCAAAGUGGGAAAAGUCAAAAGGAAUGCAUUCAUAUCAGAGUCCAGUUUGUCUUUGGUCCGUUUGUGAUUUUUUAUUUUUUUUAUUUUGUGAAUCCUCUGAUAAAAAUUCAACAUUCAAUGAAGAAAUCAGUUUUUCUUUUAAUAAGGCUGCUUCAGAUGUACAGUGAUUUACAGAUCCCCUCAGGCUCUUUACUAUAUUAAAUUAUGUUUAUUAUUGAGAUUUAUUUUCCAAAUCAAACUAAUUUUUUCUUUAAUUGAAUGAAAAAUAAACAUUUAUUUUGGCCCACUAGUGCUUUCAACUUCCACUUCCAAGUCUUGACACGACUGAUCUAGAGCGGUAUAAAUAUAAAAGAUCAAUUUUCUGCUCAAAAUCAUUUAAGUGUGAAAUCAGGCAUUCUCAGACAAUAAGACAUAUUUCUUUAAGAUGUCACAUAUGACAUCCAUAAAUAACCCAGAUUGAGUGUAGCUUAAUUUUUGGUUUAGUUAUGAUGAAAGCAUCACCCUAAUAUUUCAUGUUUUCUAUCUGGUUUACUCAGAUUUAGAACAAGUUGACCAACUUUGCAUUGGGGCUUGAAGGGAACAUUACAGCAAUUUAGUGUUUGAAACGCAGCACAACUGGUAAAUAUUGAAUUAAAGCAACAAAUCAUUUUUAUGCAACGCGAUAUGACUGUGUGUCUUCAUCUAAUACGUUUUGGAAACAGACUUGCUCAGCUUGCCCUGUUAUACUGCUGGCAUCUCAUUAAGGAUCUCAUUAGUUAUUGUUGCAUUAGCACAGUUGUCAACAAAUUUAUGAAAGACAGUAGUAAGAAGAAAACAUUAUUUUUGUAAUAAUUACAAUGGAAAGCUUAAUGUGUGUUGCUAGCAGAUGGUGUGAAGCCAGUAAUACUUUGAUAAUCUCUCCAGUAGUGACAACUUUUCCCUGAUUGUGGUUUGCAUUUCAUUAAGUCACAGAUAAAGCUUAUUAUUUCUAGAAAUAACCCCCCGAGAGGAUAAACAGUGUUGUGCUUUUAUACACAUUCAUCUCCAUAAUUCAUCAAAUGUUUGAUUGUAAUGAAAAGUCAGCUGAUAUGUGAUGGCAUACAUUUUGAAGUUGGAGUAUAAAUGACCUUUAACCCUUUGGAGCAGUUCAACUCUGAUGAAAUCAGAAAUGUAGUUUUAACAUUUGUAUGCCUAAUUUUUAUCCCAAAUGAAGCAUGCAUUCCCGUUUUGUAUCCAUAUAUUGAAAACUGGAUAUGAUUUGAUUUUUCUUCAUAAUUCAGUAUUUUAUGAUUUGUGGAUAAAUUAGGUAAUUGCUCCGAUUUAAUACAGAGCAGUUUUGCAAAAAAAAAAUUUAUAUUGCAUAUUUAUUUCUGCUCUGGUCCCUUUUUGGACUAUUCAAAAGAUAAAACCAAAAUUGUAAGGAACCUAGCUCUAAUUAACAUUUAAAGGAUUCAUGAAACCACAUUUCCAUGCAAUAGACAAACCCGUCAUUGUGGGUAAGAUCUUUUUCCACCCCAAAUAGUAUGAAACCCAAAUGAGACAAACACAAAUAACAAAGGUACGAAACGGCAAAGUAGCUAAAUAACCAGCACUCUUGAAAAGUUAUUUAGCUUAGCUAGGUUUGUUGUUUACCUGAAAAGUGCAGCUAGUUUUCAGCUCGCUCAAAGCUUGCUAAAAGCAAAUAAUAUGGAAUCUAAAACAAAAUUAACAAAUGUACAAAACAGCAAAGCAGCUAAAUUACCAGCAACCUUGAGUAAAUGUAGCUUAAUUAUCUGCCUGUUGUUUACCUGAUAAAGUGCAGACAGCUUUUAGCUAGCUGAGCAAAGCUAGCGAUCAACUUCAUACCAAAGUCUGAAUAUUACUCAACAGAGUAUUUUCUAUCUUUUUUCACAGAAGUAAAUAACUUGUCCCUUAUUCUUGUGUAAAUUGAAUCCUACAAAUCCUACAUUUGAAUUCCAACCAAAUUAAACUAGGCUAGCAUUUUAUUACAGUAAGCAGCAAGUUUCUGUUAAAUUGUGCUGACAAUUAUUUUGACCCAUUUUUUAUUUUUUUUUUUAUUAUUUUAUUUGAGUAAAAAUAAUUUGCAACUGUCUUUAAUUUAAAAAUAAGGUGGCUUUAGAUUUAAACUGUGAGAUUUCUGGCUCAUGUUAAAAUGCUACUAGCCAAUCUUCCAGUCCAUGGCCAUAUAUUAUAAAGUACAGCAGAGUUUAUGUCUGAAUUAAUGCACUGAAAACCCAGAUAGAGACUCUGAACGCAGCUCAAACUCAUCAUGUCAUGCAGUGAACAUGGACACAGUUCACAUCCGGCUCAACUUGAACGCUCCAGCGCAGCCACCAGUGGUUUUGCAGCAGCAGCAUGGUGACUCUGAUCUGGUCUGUGAGCGGAUCCCAUCAAAACCACUGGCUAAACAAAACAAAGAUCAGUGCAGAACGCGGCUGACAGCACAUCAGUCCAACGUGGGUUUGUGUCGUAUCCUUCAAAAUGUGUUGCACAACCUCCACUGUUUUUCUUUUUCUACCAGUGCUAUCUUUUGGGCCUUUUUUUCUAUGGUUCUUUUUUAUAAUGAAGUUGUUCUAUGUGAUGAAGAUAAUGAUCAAAAAGUUGUGAUGCAGUUCCAUUGUUUUUAAAUAUUUAAUGUCUCUGAAAUAUGGAUUAAAACCUGUUUGAACCAGU